AAUCGAGGAAUCAUACCAAGCUACAAGUGAAUUUCUUUCACAGUGAAAUUGUGAAUUUGAGUCAGAAAUUCAGCAAGAUGUCUCUUUUCCCCUACGUGUUUGGUGGCUGGCCCAUGCCCAGCCGUCUUCUCAACCAGGACUUCGGAUUGGCUUUGACUCCGGAUGACCUUCUUGGUGCUUCGGCCUGUCCGGUACUCUCACGAGACUAUUUCAGACCCUGGAGACAGCUGGCUUCUCAAGAUAUCGGUUCUAGCAUCAAGGCGGAUAAAGAUAAGUUCCAGAUUAACCUGGAUGUCCAGCACUUCGCGCCUGAAGAGAUUUCUGUGAAAACAGUUGACGGGUACAUAGUUGUUGAAGGUAAACAUGAGGAAAAGCAAGACGAACAUGGGUAUAUCUCUCGUCACUUUGUAAGAAGGUACGCCCUACCCAAGGGUUGCAACGCCGAGUCUGUAGAGUCUAAACUAUCGUCUGAUGGAGUUUUGACCGUCACUGCUCCUAGAAAAGAGUUGGCUGUCGAGGGAGAAAGACCUGUGCCCAUUCAACAAACUGGACCUGUUAAAAAGGAAAUCAAAGAUGGCAGCGAGAAGGAAGAAACCAAAAAGUCAUAGACAUAGUGAUCAAGUUCCUUUAAUUAUUUCAGACGUCUGAGUAAACUGGUCUCAUGUUGUUGUAGUAACAAACGGAUUGAUGCUAGGCAGGUUUAGUUCAAAUCCGCUCCUUUUAUUUUGUAGAUUUUACCGAUUUGUGAUGGUCUGAUUAGUUGCUAAGUACCUACCUACCUAAGUACCUAUUUGUAUUUUUGUAACGUCUCUAGUCCUUUUCAAAGAAUAUCAAUUGCAUUAAUUACAAACCUCAUCGAACAAAAAAAACUUCUGUAAUAAGU